AUGCGGUAAUUAUUAAUGCGAAUUUGACUAAUUGUAAGACUGAUAAAUGAUUAUUCUUAUCUAAUUAAAGAAUUAAAAGACGUUAUUAUGUAAUUGUGAUCUUAUUUGCCUGUUUUAAUUAGUGAUAAUUUUAAAAUAGAGCUUAUUUAAAAAUAUGUAACAUGUAUGCGAAUACUAAAUUUAUUAAAAAUUUGGGGGUACUGUUUUGAAUAGUUCCUUCGUUUCUAAAAUAGGUACUUAUAUUUUAGUUUAUUAAUGUUAAUACGCUAAAAAUAAUUUUAACCAAAUUUGAAAAAAAACUUUUUUAUAGAGUAAUAUUUUAUACUUUAUACUAAUAAGAAACUGUUAUCUGUCAAAUUUCAGAUUCCAAUUAAACAAUGUAAAAGUUUUGAUUUUCGAGCAAGCAUUAUACAUAGAUGUGAAUGUAUCAAAAGAAAUGGUCUACAAGAUAAAUGUAUGAUAUGGGAUUGUAUGGGUAGACCAGAAUGUAUGACAAAAUUAUACCCCGUUUGCAUGCCUGGCCGUAAUGCUUUGCUGAAAUUAACAGAUUUAGGAGAUAUGGAAAUUGCUUUAAGAAAAUUUUAUUGUGCUGAUCAAGCAAGAGAAGCUGCAUUAGCUGCAUAUUGUAGAUUGGCGUGUAAUAAUACUGCAGAAACAUUUUGUUGUUCAAAUAAGAAGCCAAUAUGUUCAAACAAUAUGAUUUGUAAACCUACAUGUAUCGAACUACCAUUCUGUUUACCUUCUAUUACUCCUUGUACACCGGCUUACAAUAUUUGUGUUCCAUGUCCACCACCAUGUCCACCAUCAUGUCCACCACCAUGUCCACCGCCAUGUCCACCGCCAUGUCCACCGCCAUGUCUACCACUAUGUCCACCACCAUGUCCACCACCAUGUCCACUACCAUGUCCACCAGCAUGUUCACCAACAUGUUCAUUAACUUGUUUAACACCAUGUCCAUCACCACACCCACCACCAUCAUGUUCCUUAUCUUGUCCACCAUUAUGUUUAUCAAUGUGUCCAUCACCACAUCUAUCAACAUGCCCAUUGUCGUGUUAACUAAAAUGUGUAUCAAUAUAUUCUAUUUUUUAUUUUGCGUAGCAAAUUUAUGAGAAUAUUUAUCUGCUACUUUAUAUGUGACAUAUUAUCUUAUUUACUCUAUACAUUUUUCAUUCAUCAUUUUGUUUUGAGUUUAUUUUACUGUGUAUAUUUUACAUCUUUCUUUGUAAUAUUUAUCAUACUCGAAAUAUUUUCAUAAUAUUAUGCAAAUAAAACAGUUAAUAUGUAAGUUAUUUGAAAAUUUUAUAUGUACUUUCUAUUAUUUUGUAUACAUUUUAGUAUAUUUAUAAAUAAUGUAUGUUAUAAAAAUUUCGAUUUCAAUAAAUAUAAUAAAAUAUAUUUGAAUAAUAAAUGAAUUAUUUUAUAUGAUUACUUUGAUUUAUUAUUAUAGAAUAAAAGUAUAUGAAUUUCAGUAUAGUAAUAAUAUACUAUUAAUUAAAUGAUGGAUACUCUUCUGGAUGUUGAGAUUGUAAAUAUUUUGCUGGUAAUUGCGUUUGGCAUUAACAGGAGUCUUGAAGUUCAUCAAGUAUAGACAUCAAGUGUACACAAUGACAUCUUGUGAAUAGAAUGCUAGAUCGCAUUUCAAGAAAUUGUAAAUGAUCUGUGUGCUGAAAUAAAAAUUAAUAUUUAUUAUAUGUGAGAACCAAAUUACAUUGAAGUCGGUGUAGGUUUCAUACCACCAGUUUUCACCUCACACAUCCAAGAAAUCAUGUGUAUGCAUAUCAGGACUAGAGAAAAUAUAUACAUGAGAAUCUCGUUUAUAUGAAUUAAUUCUAUAAUACUAAGUGCAGAUAUACGAACUUAUAAUUGAUACGAACUUAUAAUUUUUGUUAUCUGAACUCUGAUUAAUUCAGAAAUAUCAAAUAAUUCGGAAAUUCAAAAUCAAAUUCAAAAAUAAGAGCAAGCCUUGGAGAUAGCUAGUGACUUUCUGUUAUUCGAACUUGUCAAUUGUCUGAAUAACUCCUUCGUUCAGAUAAACGAGGUUCUAUUAUAUUUGAAAUAGAUAAUUGAAAAUACUAAAUAUUUUUAAUUUUUAAAUUAUAAGUAUUCGUAUACACUUGAAAGUAUUCAAACUAGAAUAUUUCCUAUACAUUCUAUAUACAGAGUGAUCUAUUUAAGUGAGGCUAUCUAAAUAUUUUUUUGAAUUACGAUGAUACAAAAAAUAUUUUUCAUCUGACAUGAAUGAUAUCGAAAGCCUUCGAAAGAUCAACUGGUAAGAAUAUUUUUUUAAGGUCAUUUUUUCGGAGUUUUCAAAGUCAUUAAUAAUUUUUUUUCAUAUAACUAUAUAUUCUUCAAAUGACACUGAUGUUCAAAAAUUAAAGUUUUUGUUUAAGGAUUAGUUUCGUAUUGUGCAAACUUUAGAAACGUGCAUAUGAUUUACAAAAUCUGUUCUGUAAAGAUCUUCUGAUAUAGAUAUAGAUAAAUAAAUGAUGUGGAUGAACUUUUCUCCUUUUAAUAUCCGUAUUAGGCAGGGUUUUAGAAAUUUUACUUUCACACUCAAGUUGUAUUACAAUUAAACUCAUGUGUAGAUUUUCGUUAACUGUAACUAUAAUAUUUCCUUUAUUUCUUUUUGUAAAGAACUAAAGAUUGACUAGAGAUUCACAAAAGUGAAGAAAGUACUAUAUAGUGACUAAUGAAAGUAUUCAAACGAUUACAAUUGCAACUUUUAAUAAAUAUAUUGUGUGUUAAACGAAUUUAUUUAAAAAAUGUGGUGUAUGUAGUAAGAGUGAAGUUUCAAUUAUAUCAGCAAAAUCUGAAAAUGAUUCAACUAAUAAAUAA